UGUUCAGAACUCUUCUCCUCCGCUCUUCCUCCCCUCCUCUCCUCCUCCUCCUCCUCUCCUCUCAGCAUACCUGCUCUAGCUGCCUUCUGGUUUCCCCCUUUGAUUUGAUUCUUCUGAAGAUGUUUCACAUUGUAUUGAAUAUUGGCCUCUGUUUAUAGGUUUCUGCUAAGAGGCUUUACCCUGCACCCUAUUCCCUAUAUAGUGCACUACUUUUGCUGUGCUUGGCCAGCCUGUGUUUUAACCUGUCCUCGAAACCUUCCGCCAGGAGGAGACAGUCGGAAGAGGACAAGAAAGUGGGGAUGGAUUAUUCCACUACUAAUAUGGGAUUGUAACAGUUGAUUGAUUGAAUGAAUGUAUUUGGGGGCGGCAGGUGGCCUAGCGGUUAAGAGCAUUGGACCAGUAACCAAAACGUUGUUGGUUUCGAAUCCCUGAGAUGACUAGGUGACAAAUCUGCCGAUGUGCCCUUGAGCAAGUCACUUAACCAUAAUUGCUCUGGAUAAGAGCAUCUGCUAAAUGACUCACAUGUCAAAUGCAAACCGUUGAAAGCUGCUGCAGUUGGAAGGAACCAACAUUAAAGGCCGGUCUGAUUAUAUACUUUGUUAUUGCAUUGUGAAAGUGAUAGAGAAGUUGAGGAAUCUGUGGAUACUGAACUGUUGACCUCUGCAUGGAGGAAGACCGGUGUAGAUGCACUUCUGACAGUGGGUGAGCAGAGAAGAGCAGUGCUUGGAAGUAGCAUUGCAGCAUCCCUGUGAGCCUCAAGCCGACAGCUGCAAUCAAGUUGCUGUUUACAUCCCCCGCAGAUUUAGAAAGAGAGGGAGAGAGAGAGAUAACUUUUAGUCAGGCUUGUUAUAUUUGGCAAUGUGGGGGAGUGAAGUCAAGCGUGCACCUGACACUUUCUUGGAGUGCUCAUAGCGCGCUGUAGCGUUGCCAAAACAAUGAUGUGAUAUAACGUGAUACCAUGGGAAAAUAACGGAAACGCACCAGAGAGAUUCCACAGACAGGAGUGAAAUUUAACGGACCCAAUAACCGUCACAGCUCGCGCCACCGGGGACCGGAUGGAAUACAAACGGAAUAGUCAACGAGUGACUCACCUUUUAUACAGUCCGUUAUUUAUGGUGAGCGUGCGAUCUGCUGUGCGCACAGCUCGCCAACACGUCAGAUAACGGUCACCUUGUAGUCGCCUGUAAAUGAAGAAGAUCUUAAAUGAGUCUGCUGAACAAACGUCGUUGAACUAACAUGGACCCAAGAUGAAUUGUGAGUUUGGGAUAUCGACUAUGUGGGACUAGAGAUGUGACCUCUUUAUUUUCCCGAAGUCAUGACAGUUAUUAAGUAACCUAACGGAACAUUCGACUAAUCUCUCAAGAUGGCCCUCAGUCCCGUCCUUCUCUUUCUCCUCUCUCUGAUUGGUUGCGGACACUCCCAGGAUGACAUCAUCGACCCCGGCCUGGCCCCUCCCCCUCCUCUGGGUUGCGGUGUGAACGUGGACCCCUUCUACCGGACGUUGUGUGACCUGGAGUCUGUGUGGGGGGUUGUGUUGGAGGCCGUGGCCUGUGGUGGAGCCAUCACCUCCCUGGUCCUCUCCGUGGUUCUCCUAGCCAAGCGCCACUCCAUCCUUGACCCAGAUCGGCGCUCCGGCCUGGGUCCUCUUCUCCUCCUGCUGGCCUCCCUCUUGGUUCUCUUCUCUCUGUCCCUGGUCUUCCUGGUGGGGCGUAACGAGGCCCUGUGUGUGGUCCGCCGGGUCCUCUGGGGCCCCCUGUUCGCCCUGUGCUUCUCCUGCCUCCUGGCCCAGGCGGUGCGGUUGAAGAGGCUGGUGUCUGGAAAGUCUAGCCCCAAAGGGAGCUCCCUGGCUGGGCUUGGCAUGGCCCUGGCCCUGGUCCAGGGGAUCAUCUCUGGAGAGUGGCUGCUGCUGACAGUGGUGAGGGAGGGCCACGGGGCCUGCGACUACCCACCGGUAGACUUUGCCCUGGUUUGCAGCUACGCCCUGGGGCUGCUCCUGACGGCGCUGUGCCUCUCCCUGGCUGUGGUGCUGUGUGGAGGGGAAGGGGGAGAGGACGAGGCAGAGGAGAGGAGUGACGGAGGGUGCGAGCGGCGUUGGAAGUGCAACGCCGUAUGGCUCUUCCUGUCCUGCCUGGCGUCCCUGUUGCUAUGGGUCUCCUGGCUUGUGCUCUAUCUCUAUGGUGACGCAGCGUUGAGGGGGGCGCGGUUGGGUGGUGGGGAAGGGUGGCGAAAGGACUGGGAUGAGCCGGUGUUGGCGGUUGCCUUGGUGGCGCAAGGAUGGAUCCUGCUGUUAUUUCACGCUAUCCCAGAAGCCCACCUGUGUCUGAGGGACCCGCCGGUCCCCAACCAGCAGGACUACUUUCAUACCAGCCAGCCCCUGCAGCCCUGCUUCCAACAGGAGGUGCCAUUACCCACACACACCCUCACACACAGGCCCUGCGCAGAUAACCAGACCUACUCUAUCGAGGAACACAGCGCAGCACUGAGAGGUGGGUCGUACCAUAACGGACAUGGGGGGAUGCGUCCUGGGAUCCCCUUCAGAGGCCACAUGUACCAGCCCACUGAGAUGGCCCUGGUGAUGAACGGAGGAACGAUGCCUACCGCUCCGGUGAACUACACAGGGAGACAGCUGUGGUGAGAGGAGAACCUUGGAACCGGUCUCCACGGCAACACGGCAUAUUAUGGUGCCGGAAUGUUUCCAAUGUCACUCAUAACCCCAUCAAUGCCUCUACCUCACCUCACCAUUGACUGUACAAAGCACUGCAACAAGGAAUUUACCCCUAGCCACAGAUCUAGGAUCAGCUCACACUAACUUUUUUAUACACUUUGGUCAUUGCGAGGAAAAGGGAAAAACUGAUUUGAGAACAGUGCUCACAAGAAAUGUCAUUCCAGGAUUGACUGCAGGAGAUUCAGAGAAGGGUAACAAAGACAUUGCCUCCCCAGUCUUAACCCAUGCAGACUGGAAUAUAUCCCCGAAGAUGAUGAUGAACGUCAAGCUCGCUCAGUGAACAGUUAUCGGCUGGUCCCAAAUGGCACCGGCUCUGGUCAAAAGUAGUGCACUACAUAGGAAUAGAGUUCCAUUUGGGAUACAGGGAUACAGACUUCUGUUUUUCUGUUAAAUAUUUUGAGCUUUUCUGUUUUGUUGUUUUAAAGGGGGGGGGGGAGCCUUUAUGACACACCAGGUACAGGAGAACAGUGGUCACGUCCCAAAUAGAACUCUAUUGUCUAUAAAGUGCACUACUGUUGGCCAGAGCCGUAUGGUUCUGGUUCUGGUUGAAGCACUGCAUCAUAAGGAAUAGGGCUCCAUUCUGGAGGCAUUCAGUAUUUAUGUAAAUUCCAUCCAUCCACCGUGCUCACUAACCUCGCCUGCCCACUCAUGUUCUCUACAGACUCUGUGUGACGAGUCUCAAAUGGCAUUCUAUUUCCUAUUUAGUGCGCUAAUUUGGACCAGGAUCCAAAGGGUUCUAAAGUAGUGCGUGCGCUAUGUGGGGAAUGGGGUGCCAUUUGGGAUGCGGAACACUAAGAGUUGCUCCUAUAGAUGAUGCUUAUGACUCUAUUAGAUGUGUUGGGACACGUAAACAAGUGUUUUUUCUAAGACUCUCAGCUUUGUGUUCGGUCCUCCAGAGUUGUUGUGAUCAAGCUCUUUAUUUUUAAGCUAAUCUCUGCUGUCACUAUUUGGGAUAUAACGUUCGUGUGGCAUAUUUCUAUGGUGAAUGUUAUGAUGGUGAAAUUGAAUUUAUUAUUGGUGUCACAGACGAGUACUGUAUUUUUUUGGUGUGGUUCUAUGAUAUCAGUAGUUUUGUUAUGGGGUUGUUGUAACACAUUUUGAGAGUUUUUAACAGGGAGUGCAAUAUCAGUAUGAUUAUAUGGCAGAAUAUACAGUAUAUGAAUUAAUGGUAGGAUCUGCACCUCAUACUAACGUUAUAUAUUUCAGAGACUUCUUCUUUGCUCUUUGCGUGUUUUAUCUCCCAACACCUGAACAGUGAGACACCCCCUUGUCCCUGAUUGGACUAAUCUGCUGCCUCUUAAUCCCUAUGGUGCUCUAACCUUGGAAUUACCCAUUUAGGGAAACUGAUAGGGGGGAUUGGUAUUAGUGGCUUUACUGUGACCAGUCGUGUACUCCUGUAUAAGGCUAUUAUAUUAUCAUCCUAUGUCCUGAUACAGAGGAGGGCUUGGUUGCAUGUCUCUUAAACACAAUUCUCACACAAAACUCAAUGAAAUAAAAUAUAUUAUUAUAGAUUAAACUGUUUGGAUCGACAUAAUAUUGAGGAGUCUGUAGAAGGCUUUGUAGCAUGAAGGCAGAUACAUUUCUAUAUUAAACUGUUUGGAAGGUU